GCAAAGUGCGAAACACAGUGCCGCUACACACAACCUUCUUCAUCAGCAUCAGAACUGAGCUUGUCAUAACUCGCAUGUUUGCAGACCUGGCAAUAGUUAGAAGCUACUUGACAAGUGUGCCCAAAAUGGAUCAUGCCAUCAAUACCACAAUCAACAAAACCUUUCCUACAACUGACAACCAAUCAGAGCGCAGAUACGUCUUCGGCCCGGUCCCUUCUCAUAUCAAGAUUAUCGUCAGCACAUUGGUUAUUCUGUUCGCCUCUCUUUCCGUGGUGGGGAACAGCAUGGUGAUGUACGCUAUAAGACCGCCGAAAACUCCCAACAACAGAGCUUUCAGCAGAACCACAGCUAAGAUGUUCGUGCGCAGCUUGGUCUUAUCAGAUCUCCUAUGUGCAAUUAUAACUGCCCCUUUAUUUGUGACGGAGAUACACAUCCCAAUAACACCGAAUGCCUGGAUUUGUCACCUCGUGAGGUACUUUGCUUACCUUUUUCCAAUCAUAACAAUAAUGAAUAUGAUUGUGAUUGGAAUUGAAAGAUACUGCGUCAUCUUUUGUCCACUCGCCCCGCCAAGCAAAAGAGUGUCAAGGAGGCUCGUUAUCGCAGCUUGGGCUGUUGGGAUGCUCAUGACGUUCAUACCGAACAUCAACAUGAAGAGAAGAAGAUAUGAUAUCGACGACGAUAAGUACACCCUUUUCUGCUCCUACGACAAUUCCACGCCUUCUAGUAGAAUCGCCAACACAGCCUUCAGCAUUUUGAUCUAUUACCUUCCUUCAAUCGUACUCACAGUUAUCUGCAUCAAGAUUUUAAGGUUUCUUAAGCGCCAGAAACAAGGAGCUCGAGGUCAGGGGAGUCCAUUUGUCAACUCAAUGUGGCGCUACAAAGGCAGCUACAUGUUGGUAUCUCUUAUCUUUGCUUUCAUCCUUCCUUACCUUUUGUAUUUCAUUUACUUCACUGCGAUGACAAUUCUCAAGCCCAAAGUAAGCUAUGUCAUCGACUUCACCGUCAGGUACGCUGCUGCCAUCAUCGGCUAUGCCAAUGGAUUUUUGAAUCCUCUUAUCUAUCUUAUCUGCAUGCAAGAUGUUCGUGCACGUGUAAAGGCUCUGUUUACAAGAAGGAGAAGGCCACCGCAUGGCGUGUACGCCUUGAGUGAGGGGGAAAACAGACACCCUAACAAGAGCAUCGAAAAGGGAACAGGCCAGCACAUGCUGUCGUACACAAACCCUAGCAUUGAGCAAACACACCAUCCGCGUACAGCUCCAGCUGGAAAUUACAAAGCACCAUCGUCCGAAGAAUCAUCGGGCAAGGCUACAGUUUUAUUCUUGGAUCUAGGCUCUUUUUCAUCGACCGCUGAUACAGCUAUUGACUCCAGUACCGAGGUUGUAACAAAAUUUUAAGAAGAAAUUCCAAGGAUCAAAUGAUGUCAAUGACCAAUUAACGGGAUUGAAGGCAGUAGCAAAAUAGGUCGACAUUGAGGGGCAUGAUACAAAAAAAUUUGACAUGUUUAGUGAUGGUAUACAAUAGAUAAUACAUUUGUAAACCAAGGGACACACCAAACACUAUCGACCAAGGUACACAUCCAACACCAUGGACCAAGGUACACAGCGAAUACUAUGGACUAAGGUACAAAUCCAACACUAUGGACCAAGGUACACAUCUAACACUAUGGACCAAGGUACAAAUCCAACAAUAUGGACAAAGGUGCACACCCAACACUAUGGACCAAGCUACACAUCCAACACUAUGGACCAAGGUACACAUCCAACACCAUGGACCAAGGUACACAUCCAAAAUUAUGGACCAAGGUACACAUCCAAAAUUAUGGACCAAGGUACACAUCCAACACUAUGGACCAAGGUACACAUCCAACACUAUGGACCAGUGUACACACCCAACACUAUGGACCAAGGUACACAUCCAACACUAUGGACCAAAGGACAUCAGAACGAUUGAUUGGAGCCAAUUGAAUCAAUAGUAAGACCAUUUGUAUAGUGUUUGCAAAAACAAUUAUAGCAACAAAUGACCACACCCAUCCCA